UUUGCCAUGUACUAUUUCACUUACGACCCAUGGAUUGGCAAACUGCUUCACCUAGAGGAUUUUUAUAUCACUGAAGAUUAUCAAGGUAUAGGUAUUGGGGCUGACAUGCUGAAGAAGCUAAGUCAGAUAGCCAUCAGUACCCAUUGUAAUGCCAUGCAGUUUCUUGUCAUCAUUUGGAAUCAGGAUUCCGUUGAGUACUACACUCGCCUAGGAGCUUUAGACCUUUCCUGUGAGGAAGGCUGGCAUUUGUUCCGAUUUAACAUUGAAGAUCUCCUGGAACUUGCAGAGGAAGAAUGAAAAAAAAAAAAAAAACCAAACAAAAAACUAGUAACAACUCAUCCCAACAUAGGCCUCAACAUUUGAGUAUCACCUGAGAAACAUCACUUUGACAUCAAAUGUUGUAAAAUAAAGUAAGUGAGCACAAUAUUCUUGUAUUUUACUUUGAAACA